CGCGUUAAGAUGCGCAUUCACGCUGAGCAGCCAGUUUUCUCCUCCGGAGGACGGAGCCGCUUCAGGCUGAAUUACAUGCGCAGUCCUGCCGUGAAUCACACAUCACCACGGCAACCGGCGUUCACACCGAGUCCCCGUCAGCAUCAGUGGGGUCCGAUCCCAUCCACAGGCGACAGGAGAGCCCAGAAAACCACAAUCUGUCCAGACAUUCUCAGGCAGACGAGCAGCCAUGGUGAAGCUGGGCAGCAAUUUGUCUGAUAAGCUGGAGAAACAGCCGUCUGCGGACGACGGCUUUGAUAACAUCCCCCUCAUCACACCCCUGGAGGUCAACCAGCUCCAGCAGCCAUUCACAGACAAGGUCAUUGUGAAGACGUCAACACAAUAUCAGCUGCAGCAGCAGAAGAAGAACAAGCUGUAUGUGCCCAGCAUCAAGAAGCUGAAUAUCAACUUCUACAGUGAUGUUUCAGAUAAAGCCAAGAUCACAGGUCUGAUCCUCAUCACUUUGGCCUUCCUGACCAGCCUGCUCCUCCUGCUCAUGUACAAAGCCAUGUGGUAUGACCAACUUACCUGCCCAGAGGGUUUCAUCCUUAAGCAGAAGCACUGCACACCGGCAGCUCUGGAGAUGUACUACACAGAGCAGCAGCAGCAGCAGGAGCCAGGCCACCACGGCCGCACCAACAAUGGGCUCUACGCCGCCCUCAGCCACCUCAACCAGGUCAAGAGGACUGGGCCUGAGCUGCCACCACCAUGGUUACCAGUCAUCACCGCUCUGAAGGAGGCUGAACUGGCCAAACAAGGCCAGCCGCCGAAAGGAGCCCUGGAGGGAGAGAAGUGAAGGGGCUGACGAAAAUUCAAGUGUUAAAGGAGGAAAUAAUGAUGGGGAGGUAGCGUAGGUUAUUCUUUGACUGUGUGUGUGUGUGUGUGUGUGUGUGUGUGUGUGUGUGUGUGUGUGUGUGUGUGUGUGUGUGUGUGUGUGUGUGUUCAGGAUUUUUUUCCAUCCCUCGUAUAGUCCAUUGAAACACUUGUUUAUACUGGUGCUCCAAAACCUCAAAGGUGUCUGUAUAUCUACUGAAAAUUUAAAUCAGCAACGUAAACCACAGUUUACUCCACUUCAGUCCUGUUAUAUUUAACAGUCCUGUUCAUAUUUAAGUACAAGCUAAUGCGCAACUGUUGCAGUGUGUGUGUGUGCGUGUGUGUAUGGAUGAGGAUGUUUGUGUGUGUGUGUGUGUGUGUGUGGUAAGUUGUUGAGGUUAGAGGCAGGAAUCUUGGCGAAUGUGCCUGACUUUUACAGCGUUACUGAAUCAUGACUUUACUCUGCCGUUUGCACGUGUGUGUGUGUGUGUGUGUGUGUGUGUGUGUCUGUGUGUGUCUGUGUGUGUCUGUGUGUGUGUGCAUACAUCUGUUUACUUUGUACUGUCUGCGAAAGUUAGAGGUGAUAGAAGCGAAACGAGAGCUCAGAGUGAGAAGUGAGGAUAACAAGUUUUUAAUGAGAUUACAGCAAGUUUCUCCUCAUCACUCCGUCUCGUUAUCUCGCCGUCUAUUCAUUUUGUUUUAGAGGAGAAUGUAUGAAAUCAUCAGUGAAUGUGCUCACAGUUAAACCAUUAAGACAAGAAACUAUAAUUGUCCAUUUUUCACAUCUUAUAACCUGGAGUUAUUUCAGGAGGUGUUGAAAUCAGGUGUUGCACUUCAAUGAUUUGAGUUACACAACCACAACCAUGCCAGCUGUUUUAAAACACACUCACACUGUUGAACAUAUCAAAAAUAAAAAAUAGACUACAUGAAAAUGUGUUUUUGUCAUUGUCAUUGUGGGUUAAAUUAAUAGCACAUAUAACACAAUGAAGUGUGCAUCAAGUGAAAGGACCUGAAAGCUCUCUGAAAGCACCGUAUGACAUUUGAAUUAUAAUGUGAGCUACUUACUGUAAUUAUGGAUAACACCUUUAAUGUAUUACUACACAUACAAAUCCAGAUUUCAAUAAUGAUGUGUUCUUGUAUUUAAGCUAAUUGUAAAAAUGCUCCAUUUGUUAUUAAAUGUUGUUUUAUGUUGCUGUGAGUAUUCUGCAAUGUGCCUGUAAAUGAACAUGUAUUGUAUAACCACAGGGUUAACUCAUCAUGCUCCUUAUAUGAAUGUAUGAAGUAGCUGCUCGAAACAUGCAGUAGAUGUAUUUAAUGCUUACAGUGUACUACCUAAAAGCUUCUCUUCUCUUCACUUCUUUCUAUUUAUUUAAUUAAUAGUAUUAAUGUCUAUAUUAUUUGGUGUCUUUUCAAUGAUAAAAGUGUCUUUGCCAGUGUUGCUUUAACAUGAGGAGUUCCUUUCCAUUCCAUCCAAAGACAUCAGCACAUUACCCGCAAUUGUCUGACAAAUCUUUUGAUUUGACCUAAUUAUCUGCCAUCACUUGCUCUGAGCUACCUUUUCUUUUUGUAUUUCUUUCGUACUUUCACAGUUACUCGUCUUAUGUUGGAACGAAACUCUUCAUCUGAGUAGGAUAAACGUGAGAUCACAGCACAGCUUGCUCCUUUGGGUUCAAGCGCCAAACGUUUAUAUCAGACCCAUCUGCUCUGAUGUCACUGACUGAACAAAAAUAAAUGAACCGAGGUGUUGAGCUCUCUCA